GUAUUCUUCGCGGCCGAAAGCGCAGAAUUCAAAGCGGGCUUAUAGUUAUAGAUUGUCAAAUAUUGUACGUAAUCAUGGCAGAAUUUCGAGCCAUGCAUUACGCGGUACUGCUUUGUUUCAUUGUUAAAAUUGUACAAAGCGGCCACGUGCCUGUUAAUUCGCUAAUAAAUAACCCCGUUGUUCAAGUGGAACACGGCCGAUUGCAGGGAAUUCGCGUGAGCAAUAUCGAUAAAAAAAAUUACUAUUACGCGUUCCGAGGCAUCCCGUACGCUAAGCCACCCCUUGGGGAGUUAAGAUUCAAGGACUCGGAACCCGCAGAACCGUGGUCUGGUUUGAAAGACGCCACUAAAUUUGGUAAUGUAUGUGCGCAAAAAGAUUUUUUCACAAGACGCACACUAGGGAAUGAAGACUGUCUUUUUUUGAACGUCUAUACGUCGGAUUUGAAACCUGAUGCACCUCGAGCUGUUAUGGUCUGGAUUCACGGCGGCGCAUUUUUUUUCGGUUCUGGAAAUGAUGACAUUUAUGGUCCGGAUUAUCUUGUAGAGAAAGAUGUCGUUGUGGUUACGAUGAACUACCGUCUUGGAAUGAUAGGUUUCCUCAAUUUGGAGGAUGAAGCAGCCCCAGGUAAUCAGGGAUUGAAAGAUCAGGUCUUGGCUUUGAAAUGGGUGCAGAAGAACAUUGAAAAAUUUGGUGGAGAUCCGAAUCGCGUUACUAUUUUUGGAGAAAGUGCUGGAAGUGCUUCCGUUCAUUACUUGACUUUAUCUCCUCUCGCUCAAGGAUUGUUUCAAAAAGCUAUUCUGCAAAGCGGAGUUGCGACGAAUACGUGGGCAAGUGCGCCGUCUUCUAUGAAAGAAGCAGCCGAAAACGUAUCAGAAAAACUGGGAAAUAAAGUCACGGACACAAAAAAACUUAUCGAGUUCUUACAAAGUGUGGAUGCACUCAAGUUAGCCGAAGCAGAAGAUCCUCUUAAAACUUGGACGAAUUUUUAUGAAACCGUAAAUCCUUUCACGCCAUCAGUGGAUUCGAAAGCCAAAAAUCCAUUUUUGAAUAUCCCGCUAACCGAAGCGAUCAAAUCCGGUAUCAAAGUGCCGCACAUUAUUGGCUACAACAGUGAUGAAGGAAUAAUUUUUAUCACAGGUCUAGAAGAUGAUGAGUAUUCAAAAAUAGACGCCAAUCGAGACACAUUAUUGGUCCAUCCAACGGAAGAACGAUUUUUGAAACAGAAAAAUGUAUCAUCGAGUGAUGUAACGAAAUUUUUCAUUGGCGACAGAGCAAUUAAUCGUGAAAAUGCUAAAUACUUUGCAGAUUUGCUCAGUGCUAGAUUUUUUCUGAUAAAUAUCCAUAACAUACUCGAAAUUCAAUCUUCGAUUGCUGACGCACCGACAUAUUUAUAUAAAUUUGAUUUCUACUCGAAAGAAACUUCAAUACUGCAAAAAAUUCUUGCUACUGAUUUACAAGGUACUUGUCAUGCUGAGGAUCUAUUUUUCAUUUUCUACCCGAAAAUGUUGAAGUUACUUGAGCUGAAACCGCCAGCUUCUGAUACAACGGAAUAUAUAAUUCAAGAAAGGUUCCUCGAACUGUGGACCAAUUUCGCCAAAACCGGAAAUCCGAACAGAGGAACAUCAGAACUGAUUCCAAUUGAAUGGCCGCCUGUUGACGAUCCAACGGAAUGGAAAUGUCUCAAGAUUUCAACGGAUCUCAGUCUGAUCAAAGAGUCAAAUAUAUUAGAUCGCAUAUCAAAUUCCCCGCAAAAAAACGUUUUAAAUAUGGAGCCGAAAUUUGGUACCGUAAUUUACGCGAUACUGUUGAAUUUUUUAGUAGAAAUCGUAGUAUCGAGUGACGGUUCGCUGGCGAAUUAUUUGAAAAUUAAGAGGCCUAUUGUAGAGGUAGAACACAGCCAAGUGAAAGGGGUUCGAAAUAAAAAUGUCGAUGGGUUUCAUUAUUUCAACGCCUUCCGGGGUAUUCCGUAUGCUAAGCCGCUAAUCGGGGAGUUGAGAUUCCAGAACAAUUACGCGGAUAAAAUUCCUUUCGUACCGUCAAUAGAUUCAAAAUUGAAAAAUCCAUUUUUGGAGAUUCCAAUCAAAGAAGCCAUUAAAUCUGGAAUAAAAGUACCUAAUAUAUUAGGCCACAAUAGUCAGGAAUCUAUUUCUUCUCUUGCAGGAACUGUACGGUCAAGUGACGAUUUGUCUGACAAAUCGGAAACAAACAGACCCAUUGUUCAAGUGCACGACGGCCAAUUGAAAGGAAUUAAAGAGAAAAAUGUCAAUGGACAGAGCUACUUUUAUGCGUUCCGAGGUAUUCCGUUUGCAAAACCACCCGUUGAUGAGCUAAGAUUCAAGGAUCCUGAACAAGUGGAACCAUGGUCUGACGUAAGGGAUGCUAAAGAUUUUGGAGAUGUUUGUAUACAAUUCGACUGGAAUACGAAAAAAAUCGAGGGAAAAGAAGAUUGUCUUUAUUUGAAUGUCUAUACACCGGAAAUAGAAUCUAGUAAACUACGGGCUGUUAUGGUUUGGAUUUUCGGUGGUGGUUUUGAAUAUGGAUCAGGAAAUGACGACCUGUAUGGUCCAGAUUAUCUUGUCGAGAAGGAUGUCGUUUUAGUAACGAUAAAUUACCGCGUUGGAAUAUUCGGUUUUCUCAAUUUGGACGAUGAAGCGGCUCCAGGUAACCAGGGAUUGAAAGAUCAGGUCAUGGCUCUGAAAUGGGUACAGCAGAAUAUUGAUAAAUUUGGUGGUGAUCCAAAUCUUGUUACCAUUUUUGGUGAAAGCGCUGGAGCUGCUUCUGUUCACUAUUUGACGCUUUCCCCUCUAAGUCAAGGACUAUUCAGUAAAGCUAUUUUACAAAGUGGUGUAGCAACUGAUCCAUGGGCAAGUGCAUCGGGCUCAAUGAAGGCAGAAGCCGAAAGAUUAGCUGACAAAUUGGGAAAUAAAUCAAAUGACACCAGAGAACUUAUCGAAUACUUCCGAAGUGUUGACCCUCAGGAAAUACUCGAAGCAGUUCAAUCAUUACAAUCUUGGAAGAAUUAUUACCUGAUAAAAUUACCUUACGUGCCAUCAGUGGAUUCAAAAUCAAAAAAUCCAUUUAUGAACAUUUCAAUAGCCCAAGCUGCGGAAUCCGGAAUUAGAGUGCCCCAUAUUAUUGGCUACAACAGUCAAGAAGGAAUUUUCGUUCUCUAUGAUCUUGACGAUGAUCAGUAUUCCGAGAUCGAAUCUAAACAAGAAACACUACUGUUGAGUCCAAAUGAACGAACAUUUUUGAAUCGUCGGAAUCUAUCCGUGAGCGAUGUAAAAAAUUUUUUUAUGGGUAAUAAUUCAAUAUCACGGGAAAACGCUCAACAGCUUGUAAAUUUGACUUCAGCUGCACGUCUUAUUAUUAAUAUCCAAGAUGUCCUUGAUAUUCAAUCCUCAAUACCCGAUGUAAAAACGUAUUUUUAUAAAUUUGACUAUUACUCAAAAGAUACUUCGAUAACGCAGCAAUUAUAUGACACGGACUUAAAAGGUACAUCUCAUGUAGAAGAUGUUUUCUAUCUAUUCUCUUCAAAAACUCUAGAGGCACAAAAUAUUGAUCCGCCGACUUCAAAUCCUGUUGGAAACGUCGUCAAACAAAGAUUCGUAGAAUUAUGGACUAAUUUCGCUAAAACUGGAAAUCCGAAUUCGGGAGAAUCUGAAUUAAUUCCUAUUGAAUGGCAACCCAAUAACAGCCCUACUGAAUACACUUGUCUAGAAAUAUCCGAGGAUCUCAAAUUGAUUAAAGAGCCAAAUAUUUUGAAUAAAAUAUCGAAAAAUAUUCAAAACAAACAAUGACUUACUAUAAUUUUGGAUUUUUUGAAUACCGGGUCGAAAAAUUUGAUUUGAUUUUAGUCAAACUAGAUUGUAUUUGAACUAAUUAGUCUGCCUUUAAAAUUUUCGGGUGUUUUUGAUGUAAAAACGAUCAAAAACAGACUAAAAGUAAUAGACAGGAAAAGUUUGAUUGUGGUUUCGAUAAAAACAAAAUAUUUUGAGAAAAAAAAAGAUUUUAAUCAAAGAAUGAAAUAUAUUCGAUAGCAUAUUAAAUUCCCGGAAAAAUAAUUUAUCUUAUCGUUUUUCUUCAUAAUUUAUUCAGGGGUCAACACUUCCUGAGUAUUUUCAAUAAUAUAAUCGAAUUUUGUACAUGAAUCGUUUCUUCUGUCUAUUAAAGAAUAAAAAAUGUUGGAA